UUUCCUCGAAGGACUUUGGAGAACAUAAACCCUAAUCAUAUAAUAUAAAGCUUCGCCGCCGUCAAAAGAGGAGGAGGAAGUAACUGAUUGUUUUACAAUGGCGAAGGUGGAAGAGAUUGAGCACGAGGAGGAGCAGAAUAUCGAGAAAAGGGUGAGGAAGAAAGGUAAACACGACAAGCCGAAGCCAUGGGACGAUGACCCAAACAUUGACCGUUGGACUGUGGAGAAGUUCGACCCGGCAUGGAAUCCCACCGGCUUGCUCGCUACUAGCGAAUUCUCCACACUCUUUCCUCAAUACAGAGAGAAGUAUCUUCAGGAUUGCUGGCCUACAAUCGAAUCCGCUCUCAAGGAAUAUGGUAUCGCCUGCAAGCUUAACCUGGUAAAAGGUUCUAUGACUGUUAAAACGACGAUGAAGACAAGAGAUCCGUUCAUCGUUAUCAAAGCUAGGGAUUUGAUUAAGCUUCUUUCCAGAAGUGUCCCUGCUCCUCAGGCCAUUAAGAUUCUAGACGAUGAGAUGCAAUGUGAUAUCAUCAAGAUUGGUAACUUGGUUCGGAAUAAGGAAAGAUUUGUUAAAAGAAGGCAGCGACUUGUGGGUCCUAAUUCCUCUACCUUGAAGGCGCUGGAAAUACUAACCAGCUGUUACAUUCUAGUUCAGGGAAGUACUGUAGCCGCAAUGGGUUCAUGGAAAGGUCUCAAACAAAUCAGAAAGAUUGUGGAAGACUGCGUACAGAAUAAAUUGCAUCCUGUAUACCAUAUAAAGGCACUCAUGAUCAAAAAGGAACUGAUGAAGGAUCCAGCUCUUGCAACUGAAAGCUGGGAUAGAUUUCUUCCCACAUUCAAGAAGAAAAAUGUUCAGCAAAAGAAGCCCAAAAGCAAGGAGAAGAAGCCAUACACACCUUUCCCUCCUCCACAACCGCCUAGCAAGAUUGAUUUACAAUUGGAGUCUGGAGAAUACUUCAUGAGUGACAAAAAGAAGUCAGAGAAGAAAUGGCAGGAGAAGCAAGAGAAACAGACAGAGAAGAGUACAGAAAACAAAAGAAAGAGAGAUGCCUCAUUCCUCCCACCUGAGGAACCUGUGAACAACAACAAGUCAACCAAUUCAGAGGAUGGAAAGAGCGAUAUAAACGAGUUAACAAACUCUUUAAAGAGCAAGACAAAGGAGUUGAAAAAACAAAAGAAGACACACGAGAGAGUGAAUGCAGAGGAUUAUAUUGAUGCUCCAUCUGCUGAACCUUCCAAGAAGAAAUCCAAAAAGAAUAGAGAUUAAAUUCUAAAACUUGUUUUUAUCUUUAAAAAAGUACUGUAACACAUAUAUGUGUUCAAAGCUAUAAAACAAGUUGAAAAAACUUUUGUUUUUA